AUGGCUGAGAUCAACAAAGACGCCAAGUUAUUACCCAACAUCACACUGGGAGCCAAAAUCUAUGACAAUUUUUUCAAUGCAAUAAGGACUUACUGGACCACUCUGGAUCUGCUAUUCAGGGGACUGAGGAAUCCUUCUACUUACAAAUGUAACAGGAGAGAGGAACCCAUGGCUGCCCUUGGUGGGCUCAACUCACAAACAUCCAUCCCGAUGGCCAACGUCUUAAAUAUCUUCAAGAUUCCACAGCUCAGCUAUGGCUCCUUUGAUCCAGUGUUGAGUGAUGAAAAUCAGUUCCCUUCUUUCUACCGGAUGGUCCCAAAUGAAGAUCCUCAGUAUGUCGGGAUUGUUGGGCUGCUCAAGCAUUUUGGAUGGAAUUGGAUUGGCCUCAUUAUUUCAGAGGAUGACAGCGGAGAAACUUUCCUUCGGACCCUGAGGUCACGGCUUCUGCAGAACACUAUCUGCAUUGCUUGGACUCAAGUGAUCCCAACAGUGACACAAUAUUUACCAAAUAAGAUAAUCCAAGAAAAAUUGCUCCCAAUUAGUAAUACCCUCUUAUUGAGUGACAUCAAUGUGAUCCUUGUGUAUGGGGAUGGUCAAUCUGUGGAGGGUUUACGAAUGGUUUUGUAUUCAGAUGAGUUCUUUAAUAUGCGCCCAUUGGAAAGAGUAUGGAUCAUAACUGCUCAAUGGGAUUUCACUGCUGUAUCCAUUGGGGCAAUGCUCACCACAAGGACUUUCAACGGCACCUUGUCAUUUACAUUCCAUACAAAUCUGGUGCCAGGAUUUCAGGACUUUCUUGAGAGCAUCAAUCCAUUUCAGUCAACGAUUUAUUUCAUCCAGGAGUUCUGGGCCAGUGCGUUUCUCUGUUCACUCCCACAAUAUAAACUUUAUGUGCCAAACAAGGAAAGCUGCACUGGGGAAGAGAGGCUGGGAAGACUCCCUGGACCUUGGUUUGAAAUGGGAAUGUCUGGCCGGAGUUACAGUAUCUACAAUGCUGUUUAUGCUGUAGCACAUGCUCUCCAUGCCAUGGAUUCAUCGAGAGCCCUGAAGAGAGCAAUGGGAGAGAGGGGGAAAUGGAGCCUCCUGAACGUUCAGCCGUGGCAGCUUCACUCUUUUCUCAGGAACAUCAGAUUUAACAAUAGUGCAAAGGAAGAAAUAUCCUUCAAUGAGAAAUGGGAGCUUGCAAGUGGAUUUGAUAUCAUCAACCUGGUCACAUUUCCCAACCAAUCCUUCCAGAGAGUCCGAGUUGGAGAGAUGGACCCUCAAGCUCCUGCAGGCAAAGAGUUCAAAAUCAAUGCAAGUGCUGUUACAUGGAACCCCAAGUUUAAGCAGGUGGGUGUGAGAAUUAUGUCAAAUGCAGACCAAUGUGAGAAGUGCCCAGAAGAUCAGUAUCCAAACAAGAACCAGGAUCAGUGUAUUCCUAAAGUCAUAAGUUACUUAGCCUAUGAGGAGCCUUUGGGGGCAGUUCUUGUUUCCUCGGCUCUUUUCCUUUCUGUAAUCACAGUUGUGGUGUCGUGGAGCUUCAUUCAACAUCAAAAUACUCCCAUCGUCAAAGCCAACAACUGGAGCAUCACGUGUGCCCUGCUCUGCUCUCUGCUGCUCUGCUUCCUCUGCUCCUUCUUGUUCAUAGGAAGGCCUGGGAUGGUGACCUGCCUUCUGAGGCAAACUGUGUUUGGCAUUGUCUUCUCCAUUGCAGUUUCUUGUGUGUUGGCCAAAACCAUCACUGUGGUUUUGGCCUUCAUGGCCACAAAGCCCGGGAACAGAAUGAGAAAGUGGUUUGGGAAGAGGCUGGCAGUAUCAGUCAUCAUUCUCCCUUCUCUUCUCCAAGCUGGCAUCUGUGCAGUGUGGUUUGUAAUCUCUCCCCCCUUCCCAGAGUUUGACAUGCACUCCCAGAUUGGGCAGAUCAUAGCGCAAUGCAAUGAAGGCUCAGACAUCAUGUUCUACCUUGUCCUGGGCUACAUCAGUUUUCUUGCUAUCGUCAGCUUCACGGUGGCUUUCUUUGCCAGAAAGUUGCCCGAUACUUUCAAUGAAGCCAAGCUGAUCACCUUCAGCAUGUUGGUCUUCUGCAGUGUUUGGGUGUCCUUUGUGCCCACCUAUCUAAGCACCAAGGGGAAAUACAUGGUGGCCGUGGAGAUCUUCUCCAUCUUGGCCUCUAGUGCUGGCUUAUUAGGUUGUAUCUUUCUUCCAAAAUGCUACAUUAUUAUAUUUCAACCUGAGUUAAACACUAGACAGCAGUUAGUGAAGAAAAAGAAUGAACAGCUUUGA